UGCUCAAUCAUCGGAUGUGUGCUGGGUCUCUUCUCUUCCGCAUGGGAGUUGGGAGCAUGAGAUAUUUUUUUUAAUUUUUUAAUUUUUUGGAUUGGGGCGGGGGGAUCACGUGAUUUUUAUUAAUUGUGGUUGUUGCCAAAUCUUGUUAAGUGACAACGCGAGUCCCCUAAAUUCAGAUUUCUAGAUUGAUUUUAGCCCGCUCAAAUCCGUCGUUUUUAACGCAAUUUGAACGUACACAACACCGGUCCCCGUCACAUCCACUUCACUGUUCCACUCCCCACAUCUUUAAACGUUCACAAUUCACACCUGCCUUGGUUCAACUCGGAGUAUCUCUUUACUCCUUCCCUUGAAUUCUGUUGUUGAGUAUUCAUUCUCGAAGAAGCUCUUGAAGACGGAACCCUAAACCCUAGAUAAUCAACUCGGAUCAUCCAAUUUUCUGUUACAUUGUCGGAUCGAUCUCUAAUAAUGGCGGAUUCUGAUUCUACACGGUCUCCCGCUGCUACUGUUGCUGCACCUCUUUCUUUGAAAAAGGAGAACAUUACACCUAUUAGCUCAAAGAUCGCUGAAUUGAGUGAAUCACGGUCGGAGCUGCUUACUAGAAUUCAAGGUUUGAAACAGGAUUUACAGAGUUGGAGGUCGAAGUUAGAUACUCAAGUCAAGAUUUACCGAGAUGAGCUUUCUGAGCUCAAGAAAUCUCUUAAUGUGGAAGUGGAUCAGCUUAGAUCGGAAUUUCAAGAACUGAGGACCACUCUUCAACAGCAAAGUGAGGAUGUGACUGCCAGUUUAAGGAAUUUGGGGUUGCAGGAUUUGUCAGAGGAUGCCAAAGAAGAUACCCAAGAUGCACAAACAGAAGGGAACACUGAAGAAGUCACUUCUCCAACUUCUACCCCGGUGGAGAAUGGACAGGAAAAUUGACAUUAGAUUCUUAUCUCCGAGGGAAAUCUGCGUCUCAUUCUGGAAGGCCAACAUGCAGCAGUCUUUGAAUUCAUUGUUUCAGCAUUCGAUGGGAAGGGUGCUGUACCCAAUUUUCAUUACCUAGAAUGAAAACUGUGGUAAGUGGAUGGUUUAUCACAAACCCAGGACGUAUGUGUAUUAAUCACCCGAGGAGAGUUGAGUUUUACCAGUGCUUUAGCCUUAAAAAUGAAGCUUCAGCUUCUGAUUUGAAUUA